AUGGCGGAAAUAGGGCUGAACGUCUAUCAAGUCAUACAAAAUGAACUUCUUGCUCGCGAAGGAGAUCGUCAAUCCCUCGGUCUAGGCUUUCGUCUUGCGAUUAUUGAGAUCAAAAUUACGAAUUGUGAGAAUACUGCACGCAACGGACGUAUAUGGAAAUUGAACCAUGCCAUAAGUCCGCUGAAGGCCUUGACGCCAGACGCGCGACGUGCAGCCAAGGCACAAGAGCGAAAGCUUUUGAGGCAACGAGGCCGGGAUUCACAUCGCGACCCCAAAGAUCCGACCAAGCUGAUUCGUGAUGAGGAGAUAUGGGAAAUUGCCGAGUUCUUUCCUCGAACCCUCCUCGACUUCAAGGAGUUACAGUUCAGUCCUGCAAAGGUAAGGGAUCUGAUGGAGUUCUAUAGUGUGAAAGCAUACACUCCUGACCAAAGACUGAUCGAUAUACAUCCGGACGACGAACUGAGAGACGUGGGUCUGAAUUUAGAAACGUGUAUGGAGGAGCUUGCAAUGUGCUGGGGUUUAAAUUGGCAUAAGAUCGAGGGUCUAGCACUUCCUCAACGAGCGAGAAGCGAUCCAUCAGCAGACCUACAUUUUCCACCACCUCCAGGACCUGGUCCUGGACCUGGCUAUUUCUCACCUCCGCCCAGAGCAAGCACAUACAACGUAUGA